UGAUAAUUCUAACUUUGCUCUAGUAUAAAAUACAGUGAUUCCUACAUAUUUGCACGCGGCUACGCUAUUAAUAAGACGUUUAUUGAUUGAUGCUCAAAAUAGUGUUCAAAAUGUCGCCUUUAUCAGUGUCUGUUUUAGUGUUCUGUGUAAUUUUCCUUGGAUGUGUAACCACUGAUCAUCUCAAUAUAGGUACGAGCGUGAACGGACAGUUGGCAUACGUCAGUAAUGUAAAAAUGUCCGCCAUACCAUUCAAGGUCCGAGUGAAAAAUGUAUUUUACACCAAUGAAACUAGCCCUAAAGUUAUAAAGGGUAUAACAGCCAUAGAUUCCCUCAACUCAAAAGCAAAGGCGACAGUAACAGCAGGCGGCGUUGGAACCACUUUCGCUAACAUUAAACUGAAGAGUGAACGCGGCGAAGGAUUGGAUUAUCAAAUACAAAUAUUUGUAUAACAUUUAUAACUAAUAAUUUAUCAAAAUAAAAGUAUUAU